UUGCACCCUUCUCGAGACACUGCUAUGCUCUAGGUGAGGAUGUUCAUGAUAAAAGUUGCAUGACGUCAAGGACCAGUCAAGCAACUAAAACGCCCUGCACAUAUCGUUUCUUUCACCACGGUUUGCAGCCAGAAAGUGAUUUUUGCUAAUGUGCAUCUAAGAGCAAAUCUUUUUUCGCUCGCUCCUUUGUGGACUCAAAAAAUGGGAAGAUUAGACACUCUGAGAGAAUUUAAUUUAUUGUCAUGGAUGAGAGAGGAAAGACAAUCGAGGAAGUUGACCCUGGUCAUCGUUUUCAUCGCCUUGCUGCUGGAUAAUAUGCUAUUAACGGUGGUCGUCCCCAUCAUCCCCAGCUACCUAUACACAGUUGAUGAUGCAGCAGCCAACAUGGCCAAGAAUCACACUACGGCCUCCCCACACACCCCUUCUGGAACCUUCCAGACCAUCGUGUCCCUCUAUGACAACUCUGUCAGGGUAACCAGCGGGGGCCCAAUGGACUCCACACCCAUACCCUUGGGUCAGACGCAGGCGGUCUCUUCUUCCACCUCGGCUCUCACACCCCACAACUCCACAGAGCCUGACUGCCCCAAAGCAGACGACCAGCUUCUCAAUGAGAAUGUGAAAGUGGGACUACUUUUUGCCUCCAAGGCCACCGUACAGCUCAUCACCAACCCCUUUAUUGGGCCUCUCACCAACAGAAUAGGAUAUCAGAUCCCCAUGUUUGCCGGGUUCUGUAUUAUGUUCCUGUCCACCAUUAUGUUCGCCUUCUCAUCGAGCUACACUCUGCUGUUUCUGGCCAGAUCCCUGCAGGGUGUGGGCUCCUCCUGCUCCUCCGUGGCUGGGAUGGGGAUGCUUGCCAGUGUGUACACAGAUGACGAGGAGAGGGGAAAUGCCAUCGGGAUAGCACUGGGUGGUCUGGCCAUGGGUGUGCUGGUGGGGCCACCAUUCGGCAGUGUCAUGUAUGAGUUUGUGGGGAAAACGGCGCCUUUCCUCAUUCUGGCUGUUCUGGCUGUGCUGGAUGGAGCACUGCAACUGUUCAUCCUCCAGCCCUCAAAGGUGGAACCAGAGAGCCAGAAAGGGUCCUCACUAUGGAGCCUUAUUAAAGAUCCAUACAUACUGAUUGCUGCAGGAUCCAUUUGUUUUGCAAACAUGGCCAUCGCCAUGUUAGAACCAGCGUUGCCUAUUUGGAUGAUGGAGACCAUGUGUCCAAGAAAAUGGCAACUAGGCGUUGCCUUUGUGCCAGCCAGCAUCUCCUACCUUAUUGGAACUAACAUCUUUGGCGUCCUCGCGCACAAGAUGGGGAGAUGGCUGUGCUCUCUCAUCGGGAUGGUCCUCGUGGGGGUUAGCAUCCUCUGUGUCCCUUUCGCUAAGGACAUCUAUGGACUGAUACUUCCGAAUUUUGGUGUUGGUUUUGCAAUUGGCAUGGUGGAUUCCUCUAUGAUGCCAAUCAUGGGAUAUUUGGUGGACCUGAGACAUGUGUCAGUCUAUGGCACUGUGUACGCCAUUGCUGAUGUGGCUUUCUGUAUGGGCUUUGCUUUAGGUCCAUCCGCCGGAGGCGCCAUAGCGAAGAGCAUUGGGUUCCCCUGGCUCAUGACCAUCAUCGGCAUCGUGGACAUCCUCUUCGCUCCCCUUUGCUACUUCCUCAGGAGUCCUCCUGGGAGGGAAGAGAAAAUGGCUAUCUUGAUGGACUCUAACUGCUCGAUGAAGACCCGAUCAUACUCAACACAGGGGAACACAGAGUAUGAAGAGAUGGAGACAGAGUACGAUGAGUAUUAAUGGACACCAGACAUGUGUGUUACCUUCCAGAGGAUCUAUUUUGUUGUACAAAAACAGAGAUACAAUGAUUAUUCUUUUUUAACAGCAAAGCUGUUUCGUUGUGAAUGUCAGUCUUCACUGUUCUGUGUUAUUGUACGAC